AUGGAUUCUGUGACAAACGCCAAUAAUAUUACUCUUGCUGAAAAGCUUAGUACUAUUGCUAAACGUCGUCCUAGAACAACGCCAGAGCAAUCUCGUAUCUUAAAUACUCAUUUUGCUCGAAACCCUGUCCCAAGCAAGAAUGAAAUAAAGCUUAUUGCCAGAGAAGUCAAAAUAAAGCCAAGAAGUACUCAUUUUUGGUACCAAAACAAAAGAGCUUCAGUUAAAAGAGAAGGCCGGAAAUCCAAAGAAAAGACCCAAGAAGAAGCCAUGCCAAAGACCAAGAAAACCAGACGUGAUCCAAACCAUCUUCCGCAAGUUUCUGGUGGCUAUCAGCAAAAUAGGCUUGAUGAAUUCAACGUGGCUGACCAAAGAAGUUCUGAAGACAAGGAACCAAAGAAAAGAGUUACUUUUUACUCGCCAGCUGUUGCUCAGUACCAGCAACGCGCCUUUAAGUUGCCAGAAAUGACACCAACUACGCCUGUGUCUGUUCAGCAGUGUGCUCAAUAUUCGGCCCAACCGCGCCUCCCUCCCUUGGCUUCUCUACUUGCCCACCCGUCCCAUCUUCCUCUUCCAAACCACAGUCCUAACUCUGUAAUGGGAGUGCCAGAUUUCAAUAACCAAUUGCCCAGAGUAAACAUCCAACAACAGCAUGUAGACCCGUAUGCUUCUACAAACAUUCCAUUCUUCUUUUACCAUGUUGAAUUCGGAUUUGAAGCCAGCGUGUCUCAACUUCACCAGCAGCGUAAUCAAUAG